AUGCGUCAAAGGCGAUGGCUUGAAUUAAUCAAAGAUUAUGACUUGCAGAUUCACUAUCAUCCGGGAAAAGCUAAUACUGUAGCAGAUACACUUAGUGGAAAGAAUGUGGGGAAUCUUGCCUGUUUACUCAUGGAUCAAAUAGAGCUACUGCUGGAGUUAGAAAAACUCGAAAUUGAAGUGGUGCCUUUUGAACAAAAUGGCUUGAUAGCCAUAAUGUUUGCCCAACCCGCUAUUAUUAAAGAAAUCAAACAGAAACAGCUGGAUGAUGAGUUUUUGAAGAGGAUUUGUGAUGAACUUGACACCAAGCCUAAACCGGGGUUCCUAAUUGAAGACUCUGUGUUGAAGUAUCAAGGGAGAUUGUGUGUCCUGAAUGAUGCAAAUUUGAAAAGGAAAAUUUUGGAGGAAGCUCAUAAGUCAAUGUUUACAAUGCAUCCAAGAAACACCAAAAUGUACCAAGAUUUAAAACUUGCUACUAUCUACAUUGAUGAGAUUAUUCGAUUGCAUGGGGUUCCAGUGUCUAUUGUAUCAGAUAGGGAUCCUAAAUUUGUUUCCAGAUUUUGGCAUAGUUUGCAGGAGGCAAUGGGAACAUAA